AUGGCAGCUACCGACGAACACGGCCCCGAGGCCGGGGGCAGCCCGACACCUCUCCUGUCAAUGACUGCCACUCAAGAGGCUCGCCUGAGGGACCACCUCGAUGCCAAGCUCCUCGCGCUCGAACGCGACGCGCGCAAGAGACGCCUGGGACCCCUCUCCGCCCUCCUCCAGCGGCUCACACCCGUCCUGCACCUCAUCCUUCAGAUCCCCGCCCUCGAGCCAUGGAACUCGAUGCGCAUCGCCUAUCUCCUGCGCUACACCGCCGCCAUCAUGGACUAUAUCACCUCGUUACCGCUCAUCGAGAUCCCGCUGCACCCGCCCGCAGGCGUGUCCCCCGAAGAGGAGAUGCAGCGCGAGGAAGACGAGGCCGGGGAGACUAUGCGCGCCAUGCUCGACUAUCUGAAAGAGGUGGAGCGUGGGUGGCUCGCUGUCCUCGGCGGCGAAGGGUGGAUCGAACCCGAGGACGAGGACGACGAGGCGCCGCAGCCGCCGGUCUCGGUGCCGGUCCCGGGCGCCGGCGAGGUGGACCAGACGUCCCGUGUGAGGCUGCGCUCCAUGGUGGAUGCGGCACGCGACAAGCUGCUGGCCUGGGCACGACCGUAUGGCGAUUUUGGAGGCGAGGUCUUGGGGCCUGACGGCGACGACGAGGACGAGCUCGUCCCUGUCGAGGAUACGGUUGGGUGGGAGGCAGAGGUCACCGGUCUCUGGGGCGGCAUCCUCAUUGCUCUGGAUACGGCGCAGCAGGACGAUAUUGUGAUGGAGGAUGAGCAGGAGCAGGAACAGAAGCAGGAGCAGGACAAGCAGCAGGACGACACAACCGGAUGA